GUGAAAUUUCACAGAAUGUGUCAUGUCCCAAAGACUGGAUAAACUAUGACCACCACUGCUAUUGGUUAGGUGUCGACCUUCGAUCCUGGCAGGAAGCGCAGGAUGACUGUCAAAGAAAGGACAGUAAUCUUGUAACAAUAGAUACUGAGGAGGAAAACUACUUGGUGAAGGGUAUGCAAUGCUUACAAGACAACGCAUGGAUUGGAGCAUAUGCCACUGAUCAUACUCCACGGGAAUGGCGAUGGGUUGCAGACAAUUCUACAGUAAUAUUUUUUGACUGGGGACCGAAUGAACCUUUUAAUCUUAAUGGUGUCGAAGAUUGUGUUCAUUUUUUGAACAGCCAAUGGAAUGACGGAUUGUGUUCAGUUAAAAAGCCAUUCAUUUGUGAGCAAGAAGGUUAGUACAGAUAGAAGAAUGUAGUAUUAUAUCGUUCUGCAUAAAAGUAAAAUCUUAUCCUGUUAAAGUAAACCUGCUUGGAUGAAUCUGAAUUGUCACUUCUUUAGAUAAAUAUUUGAAAACUUGUAAGAUGCUUCCGUAUUACUUUUAUUUCUCAUCUUUAAUUUUGAAAAAUGA